GGGGAUUGAAGCAGCUCUCGCGAGAUUUAGUUAGGAACGGUCAUGUUACGCGACUGAGUGGCGGUUGGUCUGAACUUUCGGGAAGGAGCUCGCAGGUUGCCGGCGAUGUCACUCAAGGCGCGGCGCGGAGAGACAUCGGGGUUCCCGACUCAGCGCCACCAUCAGUGGCACUCGGGCGUAGGCAGGGUGCUGGCUGAAAGGAACCAGGCCGUGGUGCCGGUGGGAGCCUGGGUGGAGAGUGCCAGAGACUGCUCCGAGGAGCAUAGCCCGGCGUUUAUUUCUGCUCUUGAAGUAGAUAAGCAACUAAAGGAAAUCCAUAAAGCAAAGAUGGAAAAUUUGAAACGUUUUCAAGAUGAGGUGAAGCAACGUGUGACCGCAUAUGCCCAAAUACAUAAGAAGCAUCAACGGCAGCGAACUUGUGAAGCAGUUGAAAAGGAUGAUCGUGUGAUAAUACAAUCCUCUGCUUCAGCUGAUCAGCUCGUUCCAAACAAAAACACUUGCCUGCUUCGCGGCAAUGAUGUUGGGUUUGCUAUUUUUAGUCCAAGCUCGAGGUGGGUAUCUGCUCAGGGGUUAAGUAAUGAAAAGGAAGAUGAAGAUGUAUUCAAUGAUCAAGCCAGGCAGCUGAGCAAAGUCACAAAAGAGGCUCGGCAUCGACUUGCAUCAUGUCAAAUAGUACCUGAAAUGGACUUGGACUCAAGUCUUCCUGGAGGAAUCUGGAAGGUGUCUCCAACAAGAGAUAAUCCAGCUUCCCAAAUGGGGAGGGAGUUAGGUGUCACAGAUGUCACAUGUUUGAAAGAUCAGCAUGAUCUGCCUGCAGAGUUGCAGAAACAGCCACAGAAAUCCACUGGUGGGAAGCAUGUUACUUUGGAGCCUGAGCUACAGCAUGAGAAGCCUUGUAUCAGACUUUAUCGUGAGCCUUACCCCACGGGUUCCUCCCUUGGAUUUAGUACUGACUACAAGGCAACACUCAUUCUGCAACCUGGUGUGGACCAGGAAGAGAGCAAAAAACAGCGUGGUAGCCAGUAUAUGAUGUAUCGUCGCCUCUUCAUGGAUAUUGAACGAGAGCAGGUGAAAGAACAACAACGCCAACAACAACAUUUGAAGAGAAUAGCAAAAAUUAAGGAAGAAAAAGAGAAACUAAGAAAGGCACAAGAGAAAAGGAUGAUUGAGCACACUCAUCAAAGAGAAUUUGUGACUGAAAGUGUAAGGACUGUGCAUUUAAAGGAAGAGGAAACACAGAAGAGAGCAGAUAAAGACAAAAGCCAACGAAAUAGAGAGAGUACAAGAUAUAUAGAAGCUUUAAGAGCACAGAUGAUGGAAAAAAUUAAAUUGUGGAAUACCGAUUUGCCUCCACUCUGCUGCUGUGGAUCUGAUUUCUGGGAUUCGCAUCCAGACAAGUGCGCAAAUAAUUGUGUCUUCUACAAAAACCCAAAAGGAUACUCCAAAGCACUGCAAUCUGUGUUAUCUUCAUAUGAUGCUUGGGAUGAACAUUACAGAAAUCGUUCCUCAAUGAAGAAACUUGCAUUAAUGAAUUUAUGUCUAGCCAAGAAGUAAUUCACUUUGGGAUACAGUUGGCUAAUAAAUUUUCACUGUAAGACUCAAUGUGUAAAGUGUGAUUAGAUAAUGUGUGGUAUUUUUAUUAACAGUUGUGUUUGAUAAGUUAUUUAAUGUGUUUUUGUAUGAAAAACUGAUUUUAAAGAUAUUUAACCACUUUUCUGAACUUUUUCAAUUGAGCAUUAAGUUUAAUAAAAUUGAAAAAAUAUUUCCAUAGGAGAUAAUUUUAAAGAAAAAUUGUCUAAAUCAGUAAUAAUAAAGGACUA